AUGAUUUGGUGUUUGUUGGUUGCAGACGACCUAGACGGGGUGCGCGUACAGGCCAAGGCGGCCAAGGGCCUGGCUGCGGACAUCAAGUCGUGGUGUCGCUGCUUCUGCGACUGCUUCUGCUGCAGCAAGAAACCCGCGCGCCCGGUGAGGGGGCGCCCCGCCGCGCAGGGCGCGGACGCGGCGAAGCGCAACGCGGAGGAGCGGAAAGCGCGGGAGAAGGAGGAGAAGCGCGCCGCCGCGGACCGCGCGAAGCACGGCGGCGACCCCGAGGUGCCGUGGCACGCCCCGCGCCACGACGCGCACCUUGGCGCGCUGGCCGCGGACCGCCUGCGUCAGGCGCAGCAGGACGGCGCGUUCUCGCCCGAGGACGUCGAGGUGCUGGAGCAGGAGACGGCGAAGCAGGAGAAGGCGCUGGACGCGGUGGCGGCGGCGGUCGACGACUUGAAGCACCUUGCGCGGCACAUGGGGGAGGAGCUGGACGGGCAGAUGCCGCUGGUGGACGAGGCCGUGCGGAAGAACGAGCAGGCGCGGGAGGGGAUCAGGAGUAUAAGACUGUGA